AAGUUCUAUCGCAGGCUUUUUCUUGUUGAUUUUUCUCACUACAGAUUCGAACUAUAUAUUGUGGCCAUCAUUCGUGUUUUCUCUCUACGAUAAGAUUUUUAUUGAUUUUGUUUUUCAUAGCUAGCUCGUGAGUAAAAAAAAGCAAAAGUGAAAAUUUCGAAGGUUAAUUCUUUGUCAUCAAGAAGAUAGGACAAAAUGUCGGGGAUUAUGGAAUACAACGGUUCAGCCGUUGUGGCAAUGACAGGGAAAAACUGCGUUGCGAUAGCGACAGACAAACGACUUGGCGUGCGACAGCUGACAACAGUCUCUUGUACUAUAGAUUUUUUAGCAUUAAUUUAUUACGAAUUCUCUAAUCUCGAGAAGAAGCGACCCUCAUGUGAGCACAAAAAUGACAUUGCAACUCAAUCAUGUAGUACCACACGAUUCAUUCAGUGUAUUAGACAGGGAUUCUGCUACCUCCUGGACCAACACAGGCAACUUUCCAAAGGCGUUUCAGCUAACCGAUCAGUGUUUUAUGGGCCUCUCCGGGUUCGCGACAGAUGUGCAAACAGUAUCGCAGCUUAUGAAAUUCAAGAUGAAACUCUACCAGCUUCGAGAGGACCGAUCAAUGCAGACCGAAACGAUCAUGAACCUCAUCUCGACAACGAUGUAUUUCAAUUUUUUUGGAGGAUGAAAGUCUGUGUACUAUAGCCACAAGUAGAGGCGUUUAACCAACAAAAUGAAAUCCUUAUGGUACAGAUAGUUAGUAGUAAGUAGUUAAAACAAUGUGAAUAACAAAAGCAGUUUUGUUAUUGGCAUGAAGAUCAAAUUGGAAAGACAAAGAUCACCCCGCUUGUCAGGUACGAGCGAAGGUUCGGACCGUAUUUCGUAGAACCAGUGGUCGCCGGUUUGGAUGCAGAUAACAAUCCAAGAAUCUGCAGCUACGAUUUCAUAGGCGCACAGUCAAUAUCGUAUUAAUUUUGAAUUUGGUUUUUUCUACUCGGUGGUAGACUCAUUUUUCAAUUGAGUUCUUUCUUGGUUUUCAACUUUAUUAAGUUUUUACUCUACUUGUCCCACUGUUGGGCACGUCACACUAUUCAUGAUUUUGAUCCUUGUAGGGACCUUUCCCGCAAAUCAAAACAGGCACGAUUUCACCUGCGCCGGGACAACAUCAGACCAAUUGAUGGGUGUAUGUGAGAGCUUUUGGAAACCCGAUAUGGACCCAGAGCAGUUGUUUGAGACUAUCUCUCAGUGCUUGCUCUCAGCCGUAGACAGGGACUGCUUGGCAGGGUACUUUCGUCAUUUUCAACUUAUUCAUUGUUUUACCUCAGAUCGUAAUGUUGUAGCAAUUCAAAAUCGCAAUAACUCUCUUCUGUUAAUAGAAACGGGGUGAUCCGAAGAACAUCAACAUUUUGGAUUUCCUUUCAUCUUGUUAAUUCAGAUUCAUAUUGUAUUUGCUUCUUUCUCCGUAAUCUCAGGUGGGGUGGCAUUGUGCACGUAAUCACACCCGACGGCGUGCGAACGCGAUCACUCAAGGGACGCAUGGACUAAACCACAACGUGUCGAUUACACCAAUAUUCCCACCCCUCCCAAUGGCAUUUCCCCACGUAUACUUUUUAGAAGCCACGGGUACUACUGCAUGUUGCCUUGUUUGUCCCCACGAACGGCUAAGUAAUGUGGCAUCCGCUGUUGAUCCUUGUAUGAAAGUAUGGCCCGUCGUUCUAGUGGACAGAGGUGAAGAUGGGUUCGGACCGACUACAACGCGAUUGUAAGGGAACUGAGAGUCAAUUCCCCCUUUGACUCGCGCACUUCCUUGCGACACAUGGCCACCUUAGAAAAGACACUGUCGUACUGAAUGAUGACUCCUCAAGCCCGACUAUGGACAUGACACUGGCGCGCAAUGUGUUAUCUCAUACAAUCGUGUGACAAAGUACCUGGUGCUCAAGCACACGCCUAUAUUACCCCACACACGAUUUUUGUAAACAGUGUCCCACAAACACAAUUUUGAGAAGUCAAGCUGUUCAACAACAUGCGAUUGGGGUCGCGGGAAUAAUUAUCUAGAAGAGAUGUGGGAGACUCCAAUCCCAAUGGGAGUUAUUUAGAAGAGAUUUUUCCAAAGGGAGUGAUUCAGAGUAUAUUAUAUAUAUGGAUGGAUACCGCUGCAGAGAGACGUGAGCACAGUACCCUAAAAGUGCAGAGAGUAGAGCAAAGAAGGCAACUAGUGUAGGGAAAAA